AUGGUUCGUAUACGAAGAAGUGCAGUCCCUAGAAUCUGCAUAGCAAUUGCUUUUGCAGGAGCGCUUUUCCUACUGCCAACGAACGUGUCACGAAGGGACGAUCGAUGGCUCCACUUCUUUGCGGAGAUAUCAUCAUCUAAUCACUUAAACUGCCUUUUAUUCCGACAACGCUUCCCUGCAGUCACUCGACCUGACGGUGACAUGAAUGUUGCAUUUACAAUGGUGGUACAUAAGGAUGUUCUUCAGAUCGCUCGGUUGCUGCGUAUGAUUUAUCGGGUGAACAACUACUACUGCAUACAUUUGGACGCACGCUCGCCGCCGACUUUCCGUAAUGCAAUGAAUGGUGUCGCGUCUUGCUUUGGAUCAAAUGUGGAAUUAGUGCCUAUAGAGAAGCGCGUCGCAGUGGAAUGGGGUGAUGAGUCAGUCUUGAGACCACAGCUAAUCUGUGCUGAACAAGCGCUACAACGGGACGAUACGUGGCAUUACCUUGUCAACAAGAGUUUCAAGGUCGGUCAAGAGUUUCCCCUCAAAACUAAUCUGGAAUUGGUGGCUGCUCUAAAGGCGUUGAAUGGCUCCAACCUAAUCGAGGCCUUCCCAAUCAAGAGAUUCCAGGAUUGGGUGGGAAAUCGCACGCUACCACUGAACGCCACCUGGUACAAGGGCACUGUCUACGGAGCAUUUCGAAGAGACUUUUUGAAUGAGGCAGUAAGGGGAAGAGCCAUGGCUCCGAUUCGAGAAACCCUCCUUCAGCACAAAGUGUUUGAGCACCCUGAUGAGUUAUUCUUUUCCACUCUCGCCUACAAUCCUCAUUUGCGACUACCAGGCUCCUGUCUGGUAGCUCCACCCCCGCUGUCGGAAGUAAACUUGGGUUUCCCUGCCAAGUUCGUUGUGUGGAGGGACUAUGAUAUUGCCUGUCCCACGAAGUAUGUCCGCUUCGUCUGCAUCCUUGGUGCGCCGCACCUAUCGCUACUGCGCAGUGUGCCGCAUCUCUUCGCCAACAAAUUUCAUGCUGACUACCACCGCGAGGCCUACGAUCGGAUGGAGGAGUGGUACUUUGAAAAGCUUUCGAAAGAACUUGCCUCAGGCUCAUACGCAAAAAACUCCUUCGACAUCACUUUCUAUGCAAAUCGAACCUGCUCUCGCCAUCACUUGUAA